AUGCUGACGUCUAUUCUCGAUGCGAGACCCUCCUCGUCCUCCUCUUCAUCAUCGAGCACAGAGAUGUGUGCAGUGUGCGGAGAUCAGGUGAACGGCAAGAGGUACGGCGCGCCCGCGUGUCUCGGAUGCAUCGUCUUCUUCCGGAGAGCCGUCAUCAAUCAGAGUCAGUACAAGUGCUGGAAGAAAGGAAGUUGCGUCAUCACUUUUGGUGAGUUCUCAAUUUUUUUCCAGUUGAAAUCUCGUUUUUCAGCUUCCCGAUGUGUUUGCCGUUGUUGCAGACUCCGAAAGUGCUUCAAUGUCGGAAUGAAAGCUGAAGGUACGUGGCAGAAACAAAGAGCAGCCGUGUCUUUUGCCUCCCUCCUUCACCCCUCAUUUGAAAAUGGGUGUACAGUAAGAGCCCGCGCACUUCAUCCGCGCGACAGAUGGACAACAGACAGCUACGCGCGACCCAAGCAGAUGGAUGAGGGCGUUCCGUGACCAUCGAAACAACCAAUGAAACACGCGUUGCGUUCGAUGCCUUUGUCUCGCCACUUGCCGAGACACUUGACCAUUAGGGUCUCUCGCUCUUCUUUUUCUCCUUUCCAUUUGCAUACAUCGUUCCGUCCUCAUCUUUCUCUCUCUCUAAUAUUUUCCAUUUGAGCCAUACAACGACGAGAUCUCCUCGGACCGCGAAAACCGAAAAUAAUCAUACCCAAGCUGGAGAUGAGCCAAUCUGUGGAAGUGGAACGUUUCUCGAGCAGCUCGCGGAGCUCAAUGAGCAGCAGUGAUUGUGAAAAUCUUGAGCUCACAACGCCAGCAUUCGACAUUGAUUCUCUGAUGUUGUUGCAAAGAAGCCAACGCGCUCAUCACGACGGAUUGUGUGCUGUGCCGACCGAUGCGAACGUCUGUGUUCAAGUGAAAGCCAACGGAAAGCACCUGCGUCGGGCGCGUGCUCACGACAUCAAUUUCGUUCUGAAGUUGGGCAUCGACAACGCGAACGAGUGGGCGAUGCAGUUCGAGCCGUAUCGAGCUCUGAGCCAAGGCGACAAGAAUCUGGUGCUCUCCGAGUUUGGCUUCGCAUUCGUGCUCAUCGACCAGGGCUUCAAGACGGCGUACGAGGCGGACGUCGAAGGAUUCUGGGUGCUCCAGAACGGCACCUUCAUGCAUCCCAACUACUUGCUCGCGCUUCCAGAAGCGGAUGCCAAGAAGGACAAUGUGGCGAAGAAGGCCGAGUAAGUCGAAUUUGGCGUGGAACUUGUUGCGGCAGAAAUGGUUUUCCAGACUACACUGUGCGUUUGUAAACGAGCUCGUCAAAUGCGUGAGCACUCCAUUCCGCAAGUUGCAAAUCGACGAAUUCGAGUGCGCCGUUCUCAAAACGGUUCUCCUCCUUACCCGUCAGUGAUCUACAUACACAACACAUUUGAAUAAACGUUGCGUUGUUUCAGCUUCGUUCCCGGGACAAGUGGUGUUCCAAGACGUGGAAGAUCUGCAUACAAAGUGCAUGUCGGAGCUCAUGGAGCACUGCGGAGCCGAGCGAUUUGGAGAGAUCCUGCUGCUCAUCAGCUCGAUCCGGUGCGGAGUGAAGGCGUUGUACAACCAGACACGUGUCUCCGACAUUUUCCAUCUGAUGACUUUCGAUCCAUCCGUCAGAAACAUCUUCCUGUCCUAA